AGCUCGCUUGGUCGGUUGGCCUUACAGUGAACCAACAAACUUCAGUAGUACUUCCUAUUGCCUUACACAUUGUCGUUCAACUUGUCGGCGGUUCCGUUUGAUGGAUAAACGACGACCACAAUACAUACAUAACUUUAUCGGUAACAGUCGUGGCGGUGAAGGUGAUGGUGACGUUGUCGGUGGAGACACCUAAUUUCGCUACUAUUUACUUUGCCACUGUGUUAUUGAGUGUGGUUUUGUUUGGUUUUUGUUGUACUACUACAAUCAACGCUGAACGAUGAACGACUACUGGCCAAGCGACCUACCAACCGACUAAAAACAGGCGAACUCGAACUCGUACGCGAAAGCGCCAGGAAAACAAUUGCGGCGAUCUCACUCAACAGUUCAACGUUGGCGCUUAUAACGAACGGUUGGAUGCACUGAUGUGACAUGUCGUGGCAUGCUGUGACGUGAAAGCACGUGAUAAUAGUGCAACGGAAAAAUAAAUUAAAUGCAAAAAAUAUACGUAUAAGCCAUUGUACUCGGGGUUGUGGUGUCUGUAAAUCGUUCGGCUGACUAUUGUACUGGUGUGGAGAGCGGAAAUGUGACAAAAAUGUGACAAAAAUCUGUGAAGGCAUGCUUACAUACCGAUGUAUGAAUGUGGCACCGCUAUGCGGCCAUAAAAAACGCGAUAGUUUGAUGGGUGAUGGAGUGCCGCUGCCGGAGUCUGUGUCGUAUAGACGGCAUAUGAAGUGAAAAAAAGAAAAUAAAAAGAAAUGAAAAUAAAAGUGAGAGAGAAAGAUAAUAUUUGUAAUGGCAAAAAAUUGUCAAGUGGAAGUAGAAUCAUAAAUGCAUAAGCGAAUUUGUGGAAAAAUUGCGACGAUUUAAAAUGAGUGGAGUUCGCGUAAUAUAACGGUUGUACUUAUUCAAACACAAACACAUGAAUGCACAUAAAAAGUUCGAAAAUUUAAAUAAUUGUAAAAAAAAAAGUUUCGCAUUUGCAAGAAAUAAACUUUUCCACUUCUCUUUUGUAAUCCGACAAAGCAGCAACAAUAAAGCAUGCUACUCGCGUGAAGUUAACGGGAAACGGAAAUCGCUGGUGAAGUGUGAACAAAUGUGGCGCAUGAAUUGUUGAUUUUGUAUUUUUUCUUUGCUUUCACUCAAAUGUAUGUACAGAUACAAGGCAAUAAUGGAUGAGCAGCGAUAUUAAAAAAGGAUGCAAAAACGAAAAGACCCGAAAUAUUAUAUGUGAAAGUAAGCAAAAAACACUGAACUUUUCCAGAAAUCCACUGCAUGUAGCUGAAUGAAAAAUGUCAAAGGAAACGAAAAAUUAAGAACUGUUGAAUAUUUAUUGCGCUUACUUGCAAAUUAGUGUGCAAACGGUGGUGUGUCGAAGCGAAAAAGUAGUUUGAAAGUACAAUUGAGUGUUUGUUAAUGAAAUGUCAAUAAGGGAAUGCAAUUAAAGACUCAACAACUGCAACAGUAAAGAAGUUGAUGUUGGUCGAAAGCGGCAAACGGGAAACAGAUACAGAAAGUGUUCAAAAAGAAAGUAACUAAAAAACUUUUAUGUUGCACAAUGUUAACAGAGGCGCAACCAGUACUAGUUGAGGCCUGUGGGAGCACUGCGCAUAUGAAAAUCGCUUUUUGUAACUGCGAAAACAACAAGGAAAAUACCAAAUAUGAAAACAACACAUACAACAGCAAUCAACAUGCUUGCCACACGUACAACACGCGUGCCAUAAGCUACGAAAAACGAUUUUUCAGCAAAAAGUUUAGUCUACUUUUAGGCGUUCGCUCAAGUAAUCAAGUAAAAUGUGUGCUAACGCGGGAGUUGUGUUUUUUCCAUGCUUGUAGACGACGCAGAAAGCGCAGAAAGACCAAGAGUGUUGGAAAGAAGAACACCAACAACAACAUCAAUAACAAAUGUAGCUGCAACAUGCGUACAACAAGCGCUAGGUAUUGCAAAAUAAGAAGAAGAAAACGCAUACUCCGUUGGCAAAUUACAAGCGGUGGUAGUAGUUGUUUCGACGAGGCAACAAGAACAACAUCAAGCUUAAUGCUUGCGGAUUACAUUGACAACGGCAUGUUGCAAGCGCGAAAUAACAAUUGCCUGCGAACGGAAGCGCGAGCAACAACCAAGAACGCUGUUGCUACGCAGAUGAUGCCUGCUUCACCACCACCAACAAAAACCACAAUAGCAAGACUAAUGAUAAAGCUCGUGAAGCGCGAUUGUUGGUUAGGCAAGCGGCGACUGUGGGCAGCGUUGAGCAGAGUAAAGCAGAAGCUAACUAGGUGCAACUACAUGUUGUCUCCUGUGCAACAACAGCAACAGCAACGCAUUCAACAACAACUUCCUACACCUGCCACUGCAAACGCAUUAUCGUGCCGGCUUCCGACUGAUGGCGAGCAAAUGCCGUUAGAAGGACAAGCUAGAACACAUGAGCAGCACAAACUAAAACAAGAUCUCCAACUAGAACAACAACAACAACACUGCCUACUACAAACACAGCAACAACAUGCCAACAAUGUGCAACAUCGAAGUUGGCGAAAUUUAAUUGGAUGUGCUGCAGCAAGCACAUUUACCCCGUUGACAGUCACUAAUUUAAUAAAUACAAUUACAACAACAACAAAUAAUCCCACGACUAAAACAACAAACAGCUCGUCGCCUGCCGCGCUUGUAACCGCAAAAAUUUGUACGCAGAAAAUCGUUGCACAGGCAACAGUAGACAUAACAGACACGAGAACAACAACAGCAACAACAACAAAAAUGACCACACAGCGCCGCCUGCUUAACACCACCGCGCCACUCAAAUCUAAGUGUGGGAGCGGUAGUAGCGUGUUGACAAGCGCAUUAAGGGCGAGAGAGAAAACAACAAAAACAACACGUAUCACAACCACGCAUCAAAUAAUAAAAACUGAAAACGCGACUGAAAAAUUAAAAUUAGCUCAAAGCAGAACAGCAGCGGUCGUGUUCAGUGAUAUUUUAACACUAGUUUUUGGUGUGCUGACGUUGCAAGCAACCGUGCUGCGUUGCCUCCUUUUGCCGACAUUGAUGGCGCUGCUGAUGAUGGCGACUACGUCGUCCACUGUGUCGGCCGUACCCUUGGUGGAGCUGAGCUCACUGCAUUUACCGACACAUCAACAAGCGAGGGAGAAAGACUACAGCAGCAGCAGUAGCAACAACAACAGUUACAGUGACAAUAAUAACAACAGUCCAUUCAACGUAUUAAGCAACAGCAAUAACUUAACUUUCGAAUCAACUUCAAUACAAACUUACAAUCAACGAAACACACAGCUCUUGUUGACCACACCCCCCGAGUCACUCUUGCGCGCCACCCCGCCACCAGCGAGACUAGCGCGUAUGUUGGACAUUGAGGUGUUGAAUGGCAGCAGCAGAGGUAGCAGCGCAAACACCUUGAAGAGUCUUUCAUCUACCCUACACAUGGAGGGGUUGCAGGAGUUAGGCCAAGAGGAUGUAAAUCAGUUGCCAAUCUUUGACUUUGGACUGCCGCGUAAUAUAACGGCACGUACCAGUCAAGCGGAAGCCACAAUUAAAUGUCGGGUCGAGCGUUUGGACGACAAGUCGGUCUCGUGGAUACGUAAACGUGAUUUACAUAUACUGACCGUUGCCACAGCGACGUAUACAUCGGAUAAACGCUUUCAGGUGACUUCCUCAAAAGAUGAUCGUGAAUGGGUGUUACAUGUUAAAUCGCCGCAGGCACGUGAUACCGGCAUCUAUGAAUGCCAAGUGAAUACGGAGCCAAAAAUGUCAAUGGCGUUUCAGUUGAAUAUUAUCGAGAUACCCGCCGAUUCACGCGCCAUCAUCAGCGGCCCAGCGGAUCUGCAUUUCAAAGUCGGCAGCGCAAUUAUACUCAACUGUCAUGUGCAACAGCCGAGCAUUCGUGAUAUUGGACCGAUUUAUUGGUAUCGCGGUGAGCAUAUAAUUACGCCAUUCGAGCUCGACGAUGACGACGAUGAAGUCAGCAAGAGUAGCAGCAACAACAACGGUCAUACUCAUAGCUACGGCAUUGACAUUGCCACACCAGCAUUGGCAGACAAUGAGCUGGAAGUUGAUGUGACAGCGACGAUAACAAAUGCCAAUGCCUUUCCCGGCGGUGGAGCUGGAGCUGGAUCUGUUGCCAUCGCUGGAGGCAGAGGUCGUACGAAGGCGGCAGCUGCGACGACGACAAGUGCGUUGGCAGUGCAACAUGACGGCUUAAGCAACGACAUAACGCCGGACUUUACGGCGCGCAUUGCAAUGGAAUCACAGUUGGGUGACACAAUGAAAUCAAGGUUGCGCAUCUCGAAUGCACAGACAAGGGAUACAGGGAAUUACACUUGUCAGCCGACAACAGCGAGCAGCGCCAGCGUCAUGGUACACGUGAUUAAUGAUGAAAAUCCGGCGGCCAUGCAAAAAAGCAGCGCCAGUUCAAUACACACAACAACAACAGCAACAACGAAGACAAAGCUCCAAACAAACACGCUGUACCUACUGUUGCUGACAGCAAUAGCGACGACAACAGCAGCAAUGGCAGCAGCAGCGACAACAACAACACUGCUGCUGGAAACACUAAUGACAACGGCGCUCGUAAUAACGAGUACAACAGCAAUAAAAGCAGCAACAACAGCAACGAGGCUAUUAUCCUGCUACUUCUCUACCGACACAGUGCGACAGGAAGUGAGCUGCUGUCGUGGUCAGUAUCACCAUCGGCAGCAUCAUCAGCAGCACCAGCUGGCGCUACACAAGCAACAAAGCAAACAGUUGACGUUCGAGUUGGAGCUUUAGUUGUGACAGUGGCAGUAGCUGGAGUAACAACAAAAACAAAAGCAACAGCAGUAGUGUACUAAACAGCCAUAAGGGGAUCCUGCGGAAUGUCUCAAGCAGUGGUCUUUAGUGAUAUUUUUGUUGUAGUUUUCUAUUUUUGCUUCUUUGCUUUCGAUUGCGCUUUCGUUUCAUUUACCAGAUUAUUUUAACGGUUGUUUUAGAUAUAAAUGUAUUUUUUAUUAGAGUAUCUUUAUAUAUUUUGGCCAGUUAGAGCUGUCAUCGAGCUGAGUUUAUCGAAACAGAGGCAUGAACCGAAAAACUGCUACCAGCUGCAUCAACCGAGUAAGUCUUAUAAGAGUUGGAGCCGGGAACCAAGCUCUCAUGGUAUAUUUCACGUAGCCGAUGUAGGAACUAGAGACUGCACAACUAUCUGAGGUCCGAGCACUUUGCAAGGUGCAAUCAAUCGCAAUUCUACUUUCUACUUCAGACCAAACCUGGGCUUCGACAAAGAGUUGAGAAACCCAGAUAUUGAGUCAUACUUUGAGAUUAGUAUGAACGGAAGCUGGGGUUUCAGUGGUAAUGUGAGAUAAUCCGCAGCACCACUCUUUCAGCACUGAAGUCUUAAUGAACACUGUAAGUGCAAGACGUCCGUUUGAAAAUACUGUGCCAGCCCCGGUUGGGCUUACCAAGAAAUUUCGGAGCAUAGGUCUUCGAUGCUUCCGAAUGUGCAGAUCAUACUCAUCUCACCCUUAUCAGGACCGUAAAUGAUCACCAAACAAACAGCCAAAUCUGCUCCCACAUCUCAGAUGUUAGUCAUAAUAUCAAUACCAACAACAAUGUCAGCCUUGAAGUCCAAUGUAGAGAAUUUUUGGCCAAGAGGUGAUACUUCGACUAACCAGCACCAAACUCUACAAGUACCGUACUGUUAUGGUCAUGACCUCAGAUUGGCAGAGAAAGAGACAAAUCUGUAUUGUGCUAGAAAUCAAAAAGAGGAGGAUCUGGUGGUUGUACCGGCCUUGUCCGACUAAAUGCUAAAUGGUGAAAAGAAGAAACAACUGGCGUCACUAAAUAAGCGGAAGAAAUGAAAGAGCUCGAUGAGAGCGUAAGUGUCGUCCACGUUUAGCCGAAGUUUAAAAACUUCAAAGCCGUAGUAUUUGACCCCUACCGAGGCAACCGAGAGUUGAUAGUGCGCGGAAGCCGAAGAUUUGAAGUUUAUUACCAUCGAAGACGGGCACAUUCGGAAAUACAGCCGGCCAUAUCGUCACUUCAUAUCCGACACCGAAGUUCCGCCAUCAAAGUUCCUCUAACAAACAUCGUAGCUGAUGUUACAAGCUAAAGCUGCUGCUGCCGUUGGCUAGCGACACUGUCAACCCAGCUGAUAGUAACAAGCAUAACAACAACAACAACGCUGGUAGGUUAUUACUGUAAACAUAAUGUCAGGUGCCUGGCAGCUCUUUCACAUCGCCGGGCUUGAAUGCGUUUGUCAGUGGCAGUUGCUGGACGUAAGCUCAUCAAGAACAGCAGCAAUAGCGGCAACAGCAAAAACACUGCAAUGCAAGCAUGAUUGGUAGCCGCAAAACGGAAAAAGAAACUGCGAGUGUUAAGCUCGCUAUGAGCUUUACGUCUCAUUCUUCUGGGUUUUCUUCAUUUUCUUCUUGUUCCACAAUGUCGUUCCUGCUUCUUCUCCUUCUCUUGCUUCCUUUAAAUUUAUUUUACUCUUCCACGCAGACUGCGUCUCUGCCUGCUCUGGGUCUUACUCUGAACUUUUGCAUGCAACCAACUUUAGUGACUACACAUUCUUCCUGUCUCGUGCUGACGCAUUUGAGCAAAGAAAUUCCAAGCACACACAUUGCUUCGCAGGGCUUACGGAAAUCAAAAAAAAAAAACAAAUUACAGAAGAAGACUAAGCAGAUGACGUUCCAAAUAGCUGACGUCUAAGAAAAUGUCGUUGCCAAUGAGGAAGACCACCAGGCAGUGAAACAAUCUCAUUGAGAGACUACCGUCUUUGUACAGCGACAACGCAACAUUGCAGCAAUAAAACUCUAUGGGACAUGCCACUCAAGGGAGAACUGCGUAUUGGAAAGUCCACACCCAUACAUGCGCACUCCCACACACACGCCGUUUACAAGGAAUUCCUUAGCUGCCUGGGCAUUGUUGUUGGCGCGUACUCUGAGCCCUUAUGGACAUUGGUUACUUCAUUUGCUGAUUGCUUGUCCGUACAGGAAGCGUUGUAAAUAUGUAAAAUAUUACUUGGGCUCUGGAUUCACGGUGACAUGAGAAAAGGGGCGGGGAGGGGAGGAAGUAAGCAAAUCAAAUAUUAACAAAGCACCAAAAUUACGAAGAGGCAAAAAAAGAAAAUAAAUAAAUAGGAUCAAAUUAAGCAAAUAAAUAUAGACGAUGUGCAGGCGCAACGAGUGAGACAGCCGAGGUGAAUGAUUCACUUACCGAGUAGAGAAUUGAGGCAACAGAACACAACAAACCGCUUAAAUAUUUGCAUUUCAUUUUGUUAAAAGGCCAAUGAAGUAGACAAAGAAAUGGAAUUCGUGGUAAUUCUUAAGUCGACAUCAAUUACAGUUAUACAAAAUAUUAUGCACGCAGCGCUCAGAGAGAGAGAGAGAGAUAUUUUGUAUCAUACAAAGCUCUUUUCCUUUUAAAGCUUUAUAAAAAAAAUAUUUUUAGCUCUUCUUCUUCUUAUAUCUCCAGAAAUUGUCACAAACCACCACGAGCCAAAACCAAUGUGUUUGUGCUAUACAUAAAGUUCCCGAUGUUUCUUUUGCAGUUUGGCUUAAGCGUAGUCUCAAAUCGUGGUUUUUAGGUUCCUCUCACAAAAACUGGUUGAUGCUUCUUCGAUUGAACAAUCUCUUUCUACAUUAAUUUACUUUUCGAGCUCUUUACUAAUUUUCGUUUAAGAAUAUAGUCGAAGUCUUGAGGUUCUACUUCGUCACUAGCGUCCACACCGCUUACACUCACCCGCCUUUUCGUUGCGUGACCCAUUCAUUUUAAUUGAGGAUCUACACGUCCUCUGUUAGCACCGGCAGCUCCAGCAUCGACCACAUAAUCUAGCCAGCGUAGUUGCAGGCUCUUGUUUUAGCAGUAUUCUCUUUUGUGUGGCACGUCCGUGCACAUGGUCUUAUAUAUAGAAUAGAAUGAUUGACUUUUCUGUAAGAAUCCAAAGUCUGCGGACAUUCUUCCAUUCGAUACUGCUCAAAGUUGUUCCAAAGAAAGUCUACAGUGCUUCAGAUAGGCAUUUCUGCGCAUAAGGAAUUCGAUUGCAAUUAAAGUCUAUGAAACUUCUCUUCUCAAUACAAACUCAUAGACUUGGUGAUAUGUUUGAUUAAAAACUUGAUCUGGAUUCGAUUCUCUAAUGUCACUCAAACGAAGCCACUCAAACAAAUCAGAUCAAAAAUGCUCAUCACUUUUUUUUACAUUAACUCACCGCUCAUAUUGUCUAAGAAUAUGAACCCUCAACCCUCAAAAUUCUGUUUCUAAGAUACGAAGAAUGUUCGAAACAUGCCCAGCUCACUCUGCCGCAGAAGAGAUGAGUUGGUUGAUCUGGAAAUUACAAAUCAAUGUCAAUUUCAAAGAGUUAAGUUGAUGCCCCUUUAAACUGGACAGCUUCGCUAAAGGGAGUCUUAAGCAAUCCCCAGCCUACUUGCCUUGCCAUCAUAAUCCAUGUUACCUAAGGGACUAGGUUGCUUACCUUAUCUAUUUCUAUCCUUCUUAACAAUAAGCUGGCCUCUUUAGCCUUGUUCACAUCAUGUACAUCUAUGAACUUAGUGCCUGCGAAAUAUUUUACCAAGAUUUAGAAGCUCUGUAGCAGUAAAGAUAAGUAAUGCAUGUCGUCAAUCCCUUCUUAUUCCUGCUUAAUGAUGACUAAUAACCUAGGGGUGAAUGCUAUCGGCAAAUUGUAUAUGGCGAUGUCUCAGAAAUACUCCACGUAUUGUAUGAUAAUAAUCUUUCCUCCUUUCUAAAACAGUUAUCGUACUCAUCUACAAUCUCCCAUCGACGCUCAAACUCAUCUUCACAGUUUCAGUGUAUUUUGUUUGAUACCGCGACGGUAUCGCUCAAAAGCUUACAAAACGAACGACACCGCCGACGCUUUUGGAGAGAAAGAAGAUUUUAGGCUACACUAAAAGAGACUAGAUGCCACUGGAAUGUGUCGGCUGACAGGGAACUUGCAAUCAAAAGUUUUAUGGAUGUAUCAAGAAUAACCGGCGGAGCAAGCGAUGAAAUCUAUUGCGCUAACUUAAAUCCUCGACAAUUAUUCAGAGUUCUAGGCUACAGAUUACCACAACAGCUAUACGUCUGGCGAACGGAAUAGUCAAAGUAGAGCAAAAGACACUAGAAAUCACAUGGAGUCCGAGAGAACUGUAGCAUAGUGCAUAAUCUGUGGCUUCUCCUCAUUAUUAUAAGUCCGAUAUUGAUCAACUCUAAAGAAAUGGCUGAUAUUUCAUGAAGAGAUUGGAGAUCAAUAAGCUCUGGUAGGUCCACUAAGACGAUUAAUUUUAAUACACACUGUACGUUAGAUAAAUAAUAAGAAAUUUAUUUUUGGACGGCCUAAGAAGAUAUGCAGUAACACACCUACAAUGUGCGCAUAUUUACAUAUUUUCGGGAAUUUUAACAAAAAUAAUUCAAUAUAAAUAUGAGUCAGUCAACUACAAUAAACAGAAAUCUGAUUAAUAAAUAUGAUGAUUUCACUUAACGGUAAAGAACGGCAUGAAUGGUCAAUGGCUACAGAGCAUCUAAUCACAAAAAUAAAGUAAAAGCAAACAGGUAUGAGCAGAAGUGCCGAGAGCAAGCUCCGUGACGCUACAAAAGCUGGCAGCAGGCUCUCCCUCGGGGUUGCAUGAACCACUUACUAUUGUGGAAAUUUAAAUGAAACGAAAUUAAUUCAAUGAACUGGAAACUAGCAAAGGUUUGCACCUAAAAUACGUAACGGAUUUAUGGAAUAUUUAUAUUGAUAAAAACUACUUUCAUAAUUAUAAUAAAUUUUUUAUUUUUAAAAACCAAAUUAAUCUAACAGUAUUUAAGGCCAUUAUUUAAUCAAAGAAAUCUUUGGAUGAUUUUUAGUUUUCAA